AUGGGGUCAGAGCAAGAAUACGCGUCCGCGUCUCCCAAGGGAGUAACGGUGGACGAGUUCUCUUCAGACGGACAAAACUCUGCAGUACUCGAGAAGAAGAAAGCACCAUGGUGGUCUUACAUCUGGGACUACGAACCAGGUCGGUCGCAGGAGGAACGCGUAUUCAUCCAGAAGCUCGACGUCUUCUUGAUAACAAUGCUGAGUUUCGGUUACUUUAUCAAAAACCUCGACCAGACGAACAUCAGCAACGCGUUUGUUAGCGGAAUGAAGGAGGACCUCGCAAUGAACGGAAACGAGAUCAAUCUCAUCGACACAGCAUGGACCGUCGGCUACGUCGUGGGCCAGAUCCCCUCGCAGAUCGUCCUCACCAAAGUCCGUCCGUCCAUCUGGGUGCCUUCGUGCGAGCUCCUUUGGACCGUCUUGACUUUCUGUCUGGCGGCGGCAAAGACCUCGAACCACGUCAUUGCCAUCCGCUUCUUCGUCGGCUUGGCAGAGUCAAUCUUUUACCCAGCCGCUCACACGAUCCUGGGCUCCUGGUAUAAGCCCUCCGAGCUCGGCAAGCGAGCCUGCAUCUUUCACGCCUCUUCGGCUGCGGCGAGCAUGUUCUCGGGCUAUUUGCAAGCUGGCGUCUAUAAGGGCCUCAACGGCGUCCAUGGGCUAGCAGGUUGGAAAUGGCUAUUUAUCAUGGAUGGAAUAAUCAGUCUGCCAAUUUGCAUUGCUGGAUACUUCUUCCUGCCCGAUCUCCCGGAGAAUACACGAGCGUUCUACUUGACUGAGAAUUUGCUCACAAUCACCCAGGACCGUCAACUAGCUCGCAGGCGGAUGGAGAGUGUCGGACGUGCUCCACGAACCAAAUUGGGCCGUUCUGCGUUCAAGCGUAUCUUUGGUCGCUGGCACGUCUACUUCCUAACCAUUCUGUACAUCAUCUUCAUCAACAUUGGGCCUUCCAGCAGUGUGAAUCCCUUCUCUCUCUGGCUCAAAUCCAAGGGCGAAUCUGUGGAGAAGAUUAAUAUCAUUCCAACGGCGGCUUCAGCCAUUCAAUUGGUCCUCACGGUAUCAUUCGCCAUUCUCUCCGAUGCGAUCCGCCAUCGCGCCAGCGUCAUGUCAAUUUCCACCUUCCUCGGUGGCUUCGCUGCCUUGAUCCUCGCCAUCUGGAACGUACCAGACGGGCUAAAGUGGUUUGCGUUCCUUCUCCAGCGUGCUUCCGUACCGUACGGACCACUCAGCAUGAGCUGGACCAACGAGAUCUGCGGCGCCGAUGCCGAGGAACGUGCUAUUGUCAUAGGAAUCAUGAACUCGCUAGGCUACGCCUUCAAUGCCUGGGUGCCAAUCCUGACUUAUCCUCAAGUUGAUUCGCCCAAAUUCAAAAAGGGCUUCAUCUUCUCGACUGUCGCUUUCGGUGCCCAAGCAUUAAUUACGGCGACAGUGGCCUUUUUAUACAAGCGAGACAAGAAGAAGGAGGGAAUCACGAAGAGAGAUGAGGAAGGUGUUACAGCGCCUGCCUCUGUCCCUAACGCCGAAUAA